AUGGCGGAAACCGACCCAUUCUUCGCGCGCAUCCCCCUCGCCUACCGCGCCCUCCUCCUCUACGUCGAACCCGUCAUGGCCUUCAACGGCUCCAUCCUCUGCCUCUUCUUUCCCUCGCUCUUCCUCUCCACCUUCUCGCCUUACCUCUCCUACCACGCCGACUCCCAGAUCAUCUACAACCAGCUCGCGGCCACCUACACGCUCUUCGCGUUCAACCAGGCCGUCGUGCUGCGCAUCGCGAAGGACAUCCGCGUGUGGAAGGCAAUUGUGCUAGGCAUAUUGGUGUGCGAUACGGUGCAUCUGUGGGCUGGGUUUGAUGUCAUGAGGAGGGAUGGGACGAUGAGUCCGGUAAUGUGGAGGGCGGAGGAUUGGGUUGCUGUGGGGAGUUUGAUUGUGCCCAUGGGGUUGAGAGUAGCUUUUUUGCUCGGGAUUGGGGUCAAGGAGGAUGGUGCGAAGAAGAUGCAGUAG